AUGCAAUGGUAUUUAUCAUUUCCAAAAUCAUAUAUUUGUAUAGUGGUGAUAUAUAUACUUAAUAUGAUUCAUUUCUCAUUCUCCGUCCAUUCAUUAACUAAAUCAAUAUGUUCACCAUAUUUAUUUUCAACUAAUAUUGAUAUACGUACAAAUCAUCAAUAUGUUCAACCAUGUCCUGUAUCAACACCAUGUCAAUGUUUAUGUGAAAUUGAAAGUAAACGUUUAUGGAUUGAUUGUUUUUCACGAAAAUUAAAAAUUUUACCAAAAUUUAAAAUAAUUCAAACAAAUAAUAGUAUGAUACAAUGGAAUAUUGAUUUAGCAUUUAAUCUAUUUGAAAAUUUAACAAAUUUGAAAUGGAUACCAAAUAAUAUGCAUAUACAUUAUUUAAUUUUCUCAGGUUCACUUGCCUAUGAUCUUAUUGUUCAAUUAAAUUUAACUCAUAGACAUUUAAUUGAUAAAUGGCCUAAUCAACAACAUUUAUCUAUUACAAAUAAUGACGAUGAUUUUGAUAUUGUUGAUGAUUAUGAAGAAGAAGAAGAAGAUGAUGAUAUAGAAGAUAUUAAUAAACAUUUAAUAAUUCAACCAAAUUAUGAACAUACACGACUUCUUACUGAUUUAACAUUAGAAUUUCGUAAAAAAACUGAACAAAUCAAACAAUUUGCUUUAUCAUUAUCUGGUGAACCAUCAUCAAUUUCAAUCCUUUAUCUUGAUCAUAAUGCACUUGAUUCUAUACCUAACAAAGCAUUAUAUAAUGCAACUGGUUUAUAUGAACUUUAUUUAUCGUAUAAUAAUAUAACUUCUUUACCAGCAUAUGCAUUUGGUUUUUCUCAUCGUUUAACACGACUUGAUUUAUCCUAUAAUCAAAUCUCAAUAAUGAAUAAUUUAACAUUUGAAAGACAUCCACAAGCAUAUGCUGGUCCAUUUCUUAUUGAUUAUCUUGAUUUAUCACAUAAUCAAUUAACAAUUUUACAUACAAAUAUAUUUUCUUAUCUUGUUAAUUUACGUUUAUUAAAAUUACAAUAUAAUCAAAUUCAUACAAUAUCAGCACAUGUAUGGACAGGACUUUAUCGUUUGAAAUAUCUUGAUUUAUCACAUAAUUAUUUAGAAAAUUUUACACAUGCAUUUUAUAAUUCGUAUCUUAAUGAAUUAAAUCAUUUAAAACUUACAUCAAAUAAUAUCAGUCAAUUAAAUUCAUGUGAAUUUUUAUCAUUAAAAUCAUUAAAUAAACUUGAUUUAAGUAGCAAUAUUAUUUCUAAUCUUGAUACAUGUACAUUCUAUGGUCUUCCUCGUACAACAUCUCGUUCUUCUUUACAUAUUCAUUUACAUUCGAAUCAAUUUGAAACACUUCAUCCAUGUACAUUUAUAAAUUUUGCACGUUCAACAAUACAUAUUGAAAAUAAUCCAUUAACAUGUAAUUGUACAUUUAAUUAUCUAUUACAUGAUCGAAAAUCUCUUGCUUAUACUGGUCAAGAAUGUCGUGGAGGUUAUGAUUAUCAAACCCAAACACAACUAUCAAUACCUGCUGUUCGUAAAACAAAUAAAGCAAUAAGAAAAAAAAUUCUUAAUACUUCAGUAUCAUGUCGAAGUACAUAUAAAUAUUAUAAUAAUCUAUGUCCUCAAAUUGAUUGUACAAGUUUAUGUUCACCGAAUGAACUUUUAAUUAUUCAAAUAACAGCAAUAGUAGCACCAAAUCGAACAACAUCAUUAUUUUUUCAAACAACAUUUCUUCCAUUGUUGUUUAUUGUAUUUUAUGUGAUAUCUAACUUAAAUUAA